UUACCAGGUAUUUCUACAUGAAUAUCUCUAUCAAAUAUGGUAAACAGGACACACCACACAGUCUUGACGAAUAACCCCAGUUACACUUUCAUCUGUCAUUAAACAUUGAUGUUUCAAUGUUAUAGGUAAACUUUGACAACUAUGAAGCCAUUAUAUCAUUCAUCCACGUCAGAAAUAACCACUGGAACGCACUGUACAUACAUGCAAAUUCUGCCAGAGUUUUUGUGUGCGACCCAUCACCAGCAUCCAAUGAACACAAGGACUCAUGUGUUGCUGCCCAGAGAAUACGAUGGCCAUAGCAGUGAUGGAAGCUUUCCCAGACGUUCCGACAAUACAAUUCGACACAACAAAGAGAGCCAUGGCAGAAGAGAGAAGAUUUAUGGCUCUCCAAGUCCUCAAAGCGUCAGUCUUUGAAAAUGAAUGCGGCAUGUGUGGAACGGACAAGGCCCCUGGGAACGCGGCUUCUUACACAGACUGGAUCCAGUGCGACGCAUGUGACCGUUGGUUUCAUGCUCUUUGUCUCAACAUGGUGAAGGCAACAUUGGACAGCUUAAAAAAACAAAAAUGGCUUUGUGUUUUGUGUGAAUAAAUGUGUGUUGUGCUUUAG